CAUAGACCCAACUCCACUCCACUCCACUCUCUCUUCUCUAUGCUUUUCUUUUUUCUUUAUUUAAAAACAUAUUGACAAACCAGAGAAAAGAUUUGUAUUUUAAUGUGGCUGCUGAGGGAAUAUUUGUGAAAGAACCUCUUCCUUUCAGACGUAGAAGGUCUGAAGCUUGUGUGUGUAGAAGAGAAAAAAUGGAGGAAGUUGAAGCUGCAAACAAAGCAGCAGUGGAAAGCUGUCAUGGAGUCUUGAAUCUCUUGUCACAACAAACCAAUGAUCCUAAUAAAUCCAUAAUGGUUGAAACAAGAGAUGCAGUUUCCAAGUUCAAGAGAGUCGCUUCUCUUUUGACUAGAGGGUUAGGAGGUCAAAGAAAGAUCAAGAAACUCAACAACAACUACUACAAGUUUCUAUCUCCUUUGUUGCCCCAACACAUCUUUUUAGAAAGUCCCAUUUGCAAUAACAAUGCUACAACUGGUACCAUUCCAGUUCUAGCACCAAAGCCUCUUCAGAUAGUACCACCUGCUGCUCCUAGUUAUGGUGAACAGAGACAGGUUCAUCCUCCUCCACCUAUGAUGCUUAACCAGAAAAUGUGUAUUGACAAGUCGUUUCUGGAGCUAAAGCCACCGUCUUCUCGAGCUAACAUCGAUCAUAAACCAUAUCAGUUUGUGCGUAACCACCAGCAAGGAGUGUACUAUCGGACCAAUAGUGGUUUAAACCUAAAGUUUGAUGGGUCUUGUAAUGGUGGUAGUUGCUAUUCCCCAAGUGUUUCCAACGGAUCAAGAUCGUUUGUUUCAUCUCUUAGUAUGGAUGGUAGUGUGACUGAUUACGAUAGAAACUCCUUUCAUCUGAUCGGAUUACCUCAAGGGUCUGAUCAUACAUCUCAGCAGCAUUCUAGGAGGACAAGCUGCUCUGGUAGUUUGAAGUGUGGAAGUAGGAGCAAGUGUCAUUGUUCCAAGAAAAGGAAGUUGAGAGUGAAAAGAUCGAUCAAAGUACCUGCAAUAAGUAACAAGAUUGCUGAUAUACCUCCAGAUGAAUAUUCAUGGAGGAAGUACGGACAAAAGCCAAUAAAGGGUUCUCCUCAUCCUAGGGGAUACUAUAAAUGCAGCAGCGUGCGUGGUUGUCCAGCAAGGAAGCAUGUUGAACGAUGUGUAGAUGAAACUUCGAUGCUUAUUGUGACUUAUGAAGGUGAGCAUAACCAUGCGAGGAUGCUCUCUUCCCAAUCAGCUCACACCUGAUUAGCUAAACCGGUCUAGUAGCUGCUAUCUGCAAUUGUAUAUUCUAUUUAAAGUUAGACUAUCUUGCAUCACAAGUUUGGCUUCAGCCUUAUCUAUAUAUAGAUAUUGUUAUAAAUGGCUUAAUCUAGAAAGGGUUUUCUUUUUUUCUUGUAUCAGAUGUUGAACUGAUGUAUCUGAUAUGAUUUGGUUCCUCUUUGUUCUC